AUGCACACCGGGCAUCAACCGGCCGAGCACCAUCACCAUCACCAGGAGGACACAGGCGGUGAGGAAGAAGAGAUAGUGCGUAGAAGACAGCAGCAGCAGGAGGAGGAAGACGAGGAGGAGGAGGAGGUGGCCGGAACGACGGCCACCAUCUGUACCGAGGACGAGCGACACGCCGGUGACAGCGCAUCGACGAUGUACGCCGAGAACUGUCACUGCAGCCGAGGCAAUCUCACCACGACGGAUGACGACGACGAGAUCCAACAGUACUUCGUGGUCGAUCAGCCUCCGCCGCAGCAACAGUCGCAACAGUCACAACCACAACAACCACAGCAACCGUACACAUCACAGCAGAUGUCCUCGCUCCAGCGGAACCUUUCGAGACGUCCUUCCGUGUCGAGUUCGCAUCGCAGCGCACGAAGCACGCCCCGAUCGCGCCGCGUAACGACUCCGCUCAGUGGGGCAAGCUGUUGCUCCCAUCAUUCGCAUCACUCGCAGCCAGCGCCGGUGGGCUCCGUCGCGCCCUACGGAGCCGGGCAGCACGGGCCUCAAUCACCGGCCGCCUUGAGUCGACGAACGCUGCCCGACAGUGGCGGAUCGAAUGCGACCAUCUCGAACUUCAACAUCAACCCGGCACGGUUCCAGUGCAGCUACUACACGGCGGACGAGAGCGAGAACUCGUACUGCUCGAUCAGUGGUGAAAACAUUCGUCAGAUCCAGGCACAGACGGCCAUCCAGCAUCAGCUCGAUCGAGAGGAGCAACGACAGCGACUCCAACCGCUUCCACUGGCCGGAACUGUUGCUCCCGUUGGGGAAGCACUCAUCAACGAUAACGACAGUCAGCAGGACAUUGCGAGUCUCAACGAGUCACUGCUCUCGACCGUGGGCUCUACGUCAAGUGAUCAGCCGGGCGGGUCGACGACGACCACGACCAGUACGACCACCUCCACGACACAGCGACAGCUGCAGCAGGUCCAGGGCACACCGAAGAGCGCUGGCAGUCAACUCGUGCUAACGCCCUCCAAGAUCACGAUCGAGAACAUCGGACAGCUGUCGGAGAUCGGUACGGCGAACUACGAGUUUGACGAUCUGGACAUCAACAUCCCCGAGAUCUUCCAAUCGCCUUCGAAGAUCAAGUGGAGCUUCCUGGCGAAUCUGGACGAGAGCAAGUCGAACAAGUCGCGCAUCAGUUCCGUGUCUUCGCUGGUCGAUGCUGGAAGCAGUACCCGAGGGCGCAGUGGAACUGAAUCUGGCGGAGCGGACGUUAGUGAGACGGCGAGCGACAAUGAGUACAGCCCGAACCGGAUUCGACGUCGGCGGCCAGAGCCUUUGCCGGUGGGUGAGCCAAGUCACGCGUCUGGUGCAGGCAUUCAAGCUUCCUCGUCCAGCUGCAAGAUCGAAGAGCUGCUCAAGAAGUCGUCCCCGUCGGCAUCGGCUUCCGACUUCAAGACGGUUUCGAUCUGGCGCGCCGAGAACGGCGAUGAAGGGAACGCGAUCAUCUUCCACCACGAGAGCGAGAUCGUGGAGAACUGCUGUACGAAUCAUUUUUUAGACCACAGUAGCUACGAUGUCUGUCGGGUGGAUAACUGCGACUAUCUGAUCAAGAGCGCGAGCGAGGACACGGACAACGCGGGCACGAAGCGAACCUCGUCCUGUGGGAGUCUGUGCAAGAGUGAGGAGCGAUUGAACAACACGAUCAUGCCUUCGACGACGUGCACCGGGCUUGGGACGAAGCAGCUCGAGCUGAAGCAGCGUAACAUCUUCACAUCCACGCUGGCGGGAACGACCACUACGAGCGCCUCGAUGACCAGUGCCUGUGGAGGCACUACGAUACCGAUGUCCGCCACGACUACCACCGUGUACAGCAUCAUCUCGCCCGAUCUGAAGCGGUUCGAGAAGCAGACGAAUCUGAACCGAAACUCGGUCAACCUCAGCCAGAACAUGCCGCCCUCCUCCCCUUCAUCUUCGUCCACCUCGUCGAUCUUCGCCGGGAACUAUGGGUCCGCGGUCUAUCGCAACAUCAACCAGCAGCAACAGCAGCAGCCACCGCACCAGACGCUUCACACCGCACCAGCCAGCUCCAUCUCGCGAUCUGCCACCUCCAGUCUGCAGCGAUCGGGUCGACAACCGUCCGGUCCUCCAUCGGGCUCCGGUGGCUUCAACAAUCAAUCCAACAACUAUCCCAGCAGCACACUCGAUCGAUCCACACUCGGUGGCCGCACACUGUCCACCAUGUCGCUAGGCUUUAGUGAUACGCGCCGUGAUCCUCACACCCCACAGCCCGGCGAUCCAGCCGCCCCUCCGUUCAGCAUUACCGGGGUCAGCGAAACGGCUGCCAGCACAGCAGCAACGGCGGCAGCGGCAGCCGCCACCCAAUUCUACAACAAAUCCUACCACUACAACCUUACCGCGCAGAAUCAACUCUACUUCCAGGCGUUCUCGAACCUGGUGCGCGAGCAGGAACAGCAGCAGCAGCAGAACUGCGAGUUCCACCAGGCACAGCCACAAACUCCGUCGCCUCAACCUCAGCCGAGCUGCCCACAGUGCUACGAGUACUACGGCUGUCAGGCCCAGUACUACGCGAACGCGACGAACGAGGCGGACAACGAGUUUGCCGAGUGUAAUGCGGGCGGGUCCGGUGGAGUUGUGCUGCGUCGCGGCGGUUGGCGCCGGAAUGUAGGCACCACGCUGCGCAUCAACGGGUUGGUGCGGGUUGUGCGUACCCGAGCGAGAAAGUGUGCCGAUUACAUCCGGCAGAAGGAACACCAGAGCAAUAACCGAUUCCGACGGCGAAAGUAA